UCCACACACCUCACACUAAACCCUCCACAGUCCGCACUCCACACUCAAAAACCUCAAACAAAUGGCAUCGCAAAAUCAUCAACACGAUCAUGAUCACGGUCACGAUCACCAUCAUGAUCACGAUCACCAUCAUGAUCACGAUCAUCAUGAAAACGGGAAUACGAAUGGAGAGUCAUCAUGGGUGGGGAAAGAUGGGAAGGUGUACCAUAGCCACGAUGGUCUGGCACCACAUUCGCACGAACCGAUUUACUCACCUGGCUUCUUUAGCAGAAGAGCACCUCCCCUUGUUACCAGGGAUUUCAAUGAAAGAGCUUUCACCAUUGGUAUCGGUGGCCCUGUUGGUACAGGGAAAACAGCUUUGAUGUUGGCACUAUGUAAACAGUUGCGUGACAAGUAUAGUCUUGCUGCGGUUACAAAUGAUAUAUUCACAAAAGAAGAUGGUGAAUUUUUGGUGAAAAAUGGAGCACUCCCGGAGGAAAGGAUACGUGCUGUGGAGACUGGAGGCUGUCCACAUGCUGCUAUUAGGGAAGAUAUCAGCAUUAAUCUUGGCCCUCUUGAGGAGCUAUCUAAUUUGUACAAAACAGAUAUACUUCUUUGUGAAUCUGGCGGAGAUAACUUAGCUGCCAACUUUAGUAGGGAACUGGCCGACUACAUAAUCUACAUCAUAGAUGUUUCUGGUGGUGAUAAAAUUCCCCGCAAAGGAGGCCCAGGCAUUACACAAGCUGACCUUCUUGUUAUAAACAAGACUGACCUUGCAGCAGCAGUUGGGGCUGAUUUGGCAGUCAUGGAGCGUGAUGCACUUCGAAUGCGUGAUGGUGGACCAUUUGUAUUUGCUCAGGUGAAACACGGGGUUGGUGUAGAAGAAAUAGUAGACAACAUUUUGCAAGCUUGGGAAGCAACGACAAACUCCAAACGCCGAUGAUUCCAAAUAUGGAUCACCCACUCUCAUGUCUGCUUUGCUAUUGCAUUACUAUCGAUCUUUAGAAGCAGAAGACGUGGCUCUUAGCUCUGUAUCAUGCAUGGCCAUAGCCGGUAGACUUGUGGUCUUUUUGAAUUCUCUGGUGUUUGUUAAUCAAUAGAGUACACCUUCAAUGGUUUGGUUGAUACAUUGCUUGCAAAUGACCCAUAUUGUGGAUUUGGCAUAAACACUUUAUUAUUAUAAGCUUAAGAAACCACUUUAUUAUUUGUAUUUUCA